CACCAGAGCAGCGUUCGCCGAUAAGAGCCAACGUGCUGACGGUGAGCAGUCGCCCGAUGGUCAUCGCCGUCGUCGCGUCAGUUGCCAAUUCACUGCACCGUCGUAGCACAACUGCUAGCCAAGUGGUCGCGCUAAUACCGAGCGCAAACUAAUUGCACGGGAAAUUUAUUAAUUGUCGCAAAUAUAUUGGCAAUAUUGGUGCGCGAAGUGGAGCAUAAAUUGAGACGUACAAAAUGGUGAUCGAUAUUAAAAUGUGUCGCUUCGAUAACGUGCCGUGGGGGUUCCGUCUGGUCGGCGGUGCGGACUUCCAAUUUCCGCUGACGGUCGUUAAGGUCAGUGAGGGCAGCAUUGCCGAGGAAGCCGGCUUGCGUGAAGGUGACGUCAUUGUGCGCAUUAACGACACUGCCACCUCGCCACUGGCACACGACGAGGCGGACAAAGUAAUUAGGCACUGUGGAAAUGUGUUCUAUAUCGGAGUUCAACGUGAGGGCGAAGAGGAGUUGGUGUCGAAGAUGUUCCCCAUUUAUGGCGGUGAAGGUUCUGCAACGCCACAAACUUUUGGCGAUGUGAGUGGACGUAAGAGCCCUAUCCCUCGUCAAUUGGAAGAUGCAGCCGAGCCGCAGACAGAUAUUUUACCUGAGCUGCCAGAGCGGCCGUCGUCGGUGCUUUCGGAACAGACGGAAAUCAAGUUGGUUGAAGAAGAAAUCGCUGCGGUGCUUUCGGGUGAAUCUGAGGUUCUUAAGGAGCACGACGUCCUGGGCGUAAAUUUCUAUAGACUUUUCCCCAAGCCUGGUGUUUGCAUGACCAGCGAUGUUUUGCGAACCCUCAACGAAGACGCCACCAAAACGCGGGCUGAGAAGGACAAAGAAAACAAAAAGUGGUCAACGUUUCUGGUGAAACCUGAUCGUCCCAUACCGAAGAGCAAGGAACAAAUCGAGGCCGAACGCAGAGCGGCCAAUGCAUACAAGGUUAAGAUUGUCAAGUCAGCUCCCAGAUCACGUUCAGUAUCUCCAAUGCCGCGCCCAAUCGAACCACCGACGGAGCCAGUUGAACAAAAGUUAGUGAUCGAAAGUAAACAACCGUCACCACCAAAGGUUGAGGAAGUUGAAGAACCUCCACCAACUGACAGCGAAUUGCCGAAUUUGGAGGAUGUAAAAAUUAUAGUUGAACCGCCAGCUGAGGAUGAAGAGAGUCAGCAAGUAGAGACGGUUGACAAACCCACAUUGACAAGCGAUAACCAAGUAGAAAACGAAGAGGAAGGUCAAAGCAAUAACAUGGAACUAUCAACACCAAACGAAACAGCGGUAAUAUUGGAAGAGAAGUCUGAAGAGUCUGCACCUACAAAUGAAGUAGCAACGAAGCAAGAAGCAUCUACUGAACCUAAUCAGUCGAUACCACAGCGCGAAAAGACCGAAGAGGAACUGGCCCUCGAACGUCAAUUGGCCGAUGUGCAACGCCAAUUGGCCGCACUUUCUUCUCUGCCCUCCACCAUACAAUCCACCCUCGAUGCAGUCACAAAGCAAUUGGCAACACUUCUGCCAGCCUUCCAGUUGCAGACCGCCUCACAGCCUCAGUUUGUUCCUGCUCCAACUACCUCUGAGACGCGAUCUAUUAAUCUAGAAAAAAUUGACGAAGGCGCUGAAGUGAUCAAAGCGGACGAUGCACCAGAGCUCGACCCAAAUUGCAGUCAGGAUGGUUCGGGAAUCACCGAGAAUAUUGCUGUUGUUACAGAGGAGGUCAAAGAAAGCGUUGAAACUGAUGCCCCCGCUUUAGAUGCAGUGAAGAUUCAGGAAGCAAAACAAAACAAAGAAGAUAUGCAGCAAAUGGAGGAGGAGCAGAAUGUCAAGAAGCAAAAGCGCAACGAAGUCAUCGAGGAGCUUGAGGAGCAGUUGGAGCGCAAGACUAAUCCCCGCCGUUCGAAACGCGCCUUUGGUCCAUUAACACCAUCCUCCGAGCGACCCCUUGUAUUGCCCGGCGGCAGACGCUGGUAUCGACCCAAGGACGCUUACAACGAUGAGUUCAUUGCGGAAACCCUAAGUGCACAAGCGGAACUCAUCACCGGCACCACUUUAGGUUGCACAUUUGAAAGUCCAUUGCUUGGCUACGAUCCAAGAGUCAACUUCAUGAAGUAUCAAAAGCCUGAAAAGAAAAUCGACUUGAAUAGAAGUGAAGUUUACAAAGUAAUUCAUCACUUGGACCGACAGCCAGUGCGCGGCAUUGAAGUUCGACCACCCAUGGUGCCGGCCGAAGUGGAUAUAAGAAAGGUGGCUCUGCAGCCGUAACCUGUCGCGCUCGGCAGCGGCGCAAAUGUACGCAUGCUAAUAUCAAAACCUUGUUUUGCUGAACUCACAACUGCGGCGGAGACACCAGGGAAGCCGCAACCGCAACCCAACCGCUCACGCCACAUCACAUCCACAUGCACCAGUAUGGAAACCUCAAACACCGAGAAGCCCUCUGCGUCCUGCGUCCUGUGCCCAUGCAGAUUUCUAAUCUAGCUUUUAUGUAGACUCGCUGUAUGCUCUUAAAUACAUACGUACACAUUUAAUGUUUUAAUGUAGAUUUUUUCCGAUUUAAAUUCAUUUCGCAUUCGCUUGUGACAAACAAAUAAUAAAUCAAAACUGUAUACAUA